AUGGCUUCUCCGAAUGAUUCUCGUCUAUGCCAUCUCCCCACUGAAAUUCUCAUCGAAAUAAUCAAACUCCUACCAAGCUUCUCCUCUCUGUGGAGCCUCAUCAAUGCCUUCCCACGCUUUAACUCGAUCUUUCUAUCGGUGCCUUUCGAAAUAUUCGAGCAUUUUCUACGAAAGGAGACGCCGCCCUGUAUCCAAGCCCUAAUGCGAGUCGCACUGGUUGCACGAAUCUCCCCAAGUUGGUUUGCUGACCGUCGAGAUGUGACAAAAUACAUGUCUAGAUAUAAAACCUUUGAUCAUUAUUUCGAUGCGUUGUCGGAAAGAACGAAAGAGCCGGAGUUAGCUUUAAAGGUAGCAUUAGUGGUACGCGACAUGGUGGAAACGGCACAUAAGAUCCACGCUGUGGCACAUGCCUGCUUGGACUAUUAUGUGGAAAAGUCAAUGACCAUAAAACCAGAAUGCUGGCACGAUGGUCUACCGUCAUUCGACCACUCGAAACUAGGCAAUCAGCCAGAAGGUCGCCCUAUUCAACCCAAGCCCUCUGGCCCUCCAACAUACUUGGAAGAGCAAAUACUCAUCAGGCUCCUCUGGCGCCUACAAGUCUUCAUCGAACUACGAACUGCUAAUAGGCAGAAAAACCUGGAGCAUUGGUCAGAAGACAAUCGUCGCAGCAUACAAAUCUGGUUUAUGGACUACCUGUUCCACGCUUUCACUCCAAUAUCAAACACACAAGAAAUGUUUCGCACAUAUAACGAUACAUGGAACCCUUAUUGCGAGAAGGAUCAGUUCAGUAGCUUGAUGGAAUUUGUCAUUCAUGUUACGGCGGGGGAUACCAAAUUGAAGCCGGGCUUGUGGGAACUAGAAAACUUCUUGAAAAAUCUGCCACCUAAAAUAUACGAUGGUUGUUAUCACGCAACAUGUCUUCCACCGAAACCCAUUUCGGAAACCAGGAGGGGGCUGAUGACUACAGAUGACAUACUUCCAGCAACGGUUAGUAUCGAUGAAAUGAUCGAAAAACCUCCUGCAGGAUGGAGACUCCACGACGAAAUGGUCUCGGACCGUAGACAUCAUUAUUCAAGUGUGCCUUUUGAGCCUUAUCGGAGAUAUGGAUUUGCGUUUUGGCAGGCUGAGAGAAUGGCGAAUCUGGGAUUUGACUAUCACGAGAGGCCCGGGUUUGAUGAAUCAGAUGCGCCUAAGAGGUAUUUUGUAUGGCACAGUGUUUUGAGGGGUGUUGAUAUGAGUAGUAGAUACGGCCAUCCUCAUGAGGUUACUCAAUAA